CUGCCCAGGGGUGAGUCGCCGCGGGGCGCAGUCUGUCCCAGGGGACCCGCCAUGAACAGCACGGGGCCCCCGGCGGUGGCCGCCGAGUCCUGCCAGCAGCUGGCGGCCAGCGGGCACAGCCGGCUCCUCGUGCUGCACUACAACCACUCGGGCCGGCUGGCGGGGCGCGGCGGGCCCGACGAGGGGGCCCUGGGGGGCCUGCGCGGGCUCUUCGUGGCCAUGAGCUGCCUGGUGGUGCUGGAGAACCUGCUGGUGCUGGUGGCCAUCGUGACCCACAUGCGGUCCCGCCGCUGGGUCUACUACUGCCUGGUCAACAUCACGCUCAGCGACCUGCUCACGGGCGUCGCCUACCUGGCCAACGUGCUGCUGUCCGGGGCCCGCACCUUCCUGCUGGCGCCCGCCCAGUGGUUCCUGCGCGAGGGCCUGCUCUUCAUGGCGCUGGCCGCCUCCACCUUCAGCCUGCUCUUCACGGCGGGCGAGCGCUUCGCCACCAUGGUGCGGCCGCUGGGCAGCAGCGGGGCCGGCCAGACGGGCCGCGUGUGCGGCUUCAUCGGGCUGUGCUGGGUGCUGGCCGCGCUCCUGGGCCUCCUGCCGCUGCUCGGCUGGAACUGCGUGUGCGCCUUCCCGCGCUGCUCCAGCCUGCUGCCGCUCUACUCCAAGGAGUACAUCCUCUUCUGCGUGGCCGUCUUCGCCUGUCUCCUGGCCGCCAUCAUGGUGCUCUACGGGGCCAUCUUCCGGGUGGUGCGGGCCAACGGGCAGAAGGCCCCCCGGGUGCUGGCCCGCCGCAAGGCCCGCCGGCUGCUCAACACGGUGCUCAUGAUCCUGGUGGCCUUCCUGGUGUGCUGGGGCCCGCUCUUCGGCCUGCUGCUGGCCGACGUCUUCAGCUCCAACGACUGGGCGCAGGAGUACCUGAGGGGCAUGGACUGGAUCCUGGCGCUGGCCGUGCUCAACUCCGCCGUCAACCCCCUCAUCUACUCCUUCCGCAGCCGGGAGGUGUGCCAGGCCGUGCUGAGCUUCCUCUGCUGCGGGUGUCUCCGGCUGGGCCUGCGGGGGCCCGGGGACUGCCUGGCCAAGGCCGCGCAGGCCCACUCUGAAGCCUCCACCACGGACAGCUCGCUGAGGCCCAGGGACAGCUUCCGGGGCUCCCGGUCGCUCAGCUUCCGGAUGCGAGAGCCUCUGUCCAGCAUCUCCAGCGUGCGGAGCAUCUGAGCCACAGCAGGGGAGUGAGCAGGGGGCUCCAGUGGAGAGGCGGGAACAGGGCAGCCAGCCGGGGUGCGUCCCAAGGUCCUGUGGUCCUCCUCACAGCGCCCAGGCCUGCUGACGCCGAGCAGGUGUGUCCGGUGGUCUCCCUGGAGAAGGAGGUGACUGCUCACUGGGGCAGGGAGGGUUCCGGAGCGGGGAUGAGGGUCUGCUGUGUACACCCCCAGCUCCCAUAUCAUCCCAGGGAGUCGCGGCCCCUCCCCGGCCUCAGGGGGCGCCCAGGCUGCAAGGGGAAGCUGUGGGGUUGACCUCCUGGCAACACGGAAGUUCAGUGAUGG